CACUGGGUCCCUAAGCAGAGGAAGAGAGGAAAAAAAGGGAUAGCAGUGACCAUGCCGACUGUCAGCGUUAAAAGAAAUCUUCUUUUUGAGGCUUUGGGGAGAGAUUACACCGAUGAAGAAUUUGAUGAGCUCUGCUUUGAGUUUGGACUGGAACUUGAUGAAAUUACUUCGGAGAAGGAUAUCAUCAGCAAAGAGCAGGGAAAUGUGAAAGCAGAGGGAGCCUCCGAUGUCAUUCUCUACAAAAUCGAUGUUCCCGCCAACCGUUACGACCUGCUGUGUUUGGAGGGGCUGGUCCGUGGACUCCAGGUUUUUAAGGAAAGGACAGAAGCUCCCAGGUACCAGCGAGUAAGCCCCUCUGGGGAGCCCCAGAGGCUGCUCAUCACAGAGGAGACGGCUCAGGUGCGCCCCCAUGCAGUGGCGGCCGUUCUGCGCAACAUCACCUUCACCCAGGAGCGUUACGAGAGCUUCAUCGAGCUGCAGGAGAAGCUGCACCAGAACGUGUGCAGGAAGAGAACCUUGGUGGCAAUAGGCACUCAUGACCUGGACACCAUAACUGGGCCAUUUACAUAUACAGCCAAGCCUCCAGGAGAGAUCAAGUUCAAGCCCUUGAACCAGACCAGAGAGUACAGCGCUCCAGAGCUCAUGAGCCUUUAUAAGACUGAUGGCCAUCUGCGGCACUACCUUCACAUAAUUGAAGACAAGCCAGUCUACCCCAUUAUUUAUGACAGUAAUGGUAUAGUCCUGUCCAUGCCCCCUAUCAUUAAUGGAGACCAUUCAAAGAUCUCUGUCAACACCAAAAAUGUUUUUAUUGAGUGCACUGCUACAGAUCUUACCAAGGCAAAAAUUGUUCUGGACAUGCUGGUUACCAUGUUUAGUGAAUAUUGUGAGCAGCCUUUUACUGUUGAGGCUGCAGAGGUUGUCUAUCCUGAUGGGAAUACCUGUAUUUAUCCAGAGCUGGCAUACAGGAAAGAGACUCUGACUGGAGAUUAUAUCAAUAAUAAAGUUGGCAUCAAUGAGACCCCAGAGAACAUUGCCAAGCUGUUGACCCGGAUGUACUUGAAGUCAGAGGUCGUAGGGGAAGGGGGCGAGAUAGAGGUGGAAGUCCCGCCCACCAGAUCUGACAUCAUCCAUGCGUGCGACAUUGUGGAGGAUGCAGCUAUUGCUUACGGCUUUAACAACAUCCGCCGGACCACACCUCGGACCUACACAGUGGCCAACCAGCUCCCGCUGAACAAGCUAACAGAGCUGCUCAGGCAGGAUUUGGCUGCUGCUGGAUUCACAGAGGCCCUCACCUUUGCCUUGUGCUCGAAGGAAGACAUAGCUGACAAGCUGGGCAAAGAUAUUUCUGUCACAAAAGCAGUGCACAUUGCAAACCCUAAAACAGCUGAAUUUCAGGUGGCGCGCACCACCCUUCUCUCUGGGCUUCUGAAGACCGUUGCAGCCAAUAGGAAAAUGCCUCUUCCCCUGAAGCUCUUCGAAAUCUCUGAUGUGGUGCUGAAGGAUGACACACGAGAUGUGGGUGCAAGGAACAACCGACGCCUGUGUGCCGUGUUCUACAACAAGAGUCCUGGGUUCGAGGUCAUCCACGGGCUGCUGGACAGGAUCAUGCAGCUUCUGGAGGUGAAACCAGGCAGAGAGGAAGGGUACUACAUCCAGGCUGCAGAGGAUUCCACCUUUUUCCCCGGUCGCUGUGCGGAGAUCUUCGCCCGAGGCCGGAAUGUUGGAAGACUGGGCGUCCUGCACCCGGACAUCAUCACCAGGUUUGAGCUGACAAUGCCUUGCUCAGCUCUGGACCUCGACGUCGAGCCCUUCCUGUGAGGCAGCAAACCCUCUGCCCCCCUCAUCUCGGCUCCAGGAUCAUCAGCUGACAGCGCCUUGGUCUCUUCUUAUAAAUAUUUCACAGGCCUGCAGGAGUACUGUGUCUAGUGCAGCGAUUACAGCCACCCAGCCACUUUCUGAAACCCAAUAGGUUACUGCACAGUGCAAAGCAGCAGCCAGUUGAGUGCUGCAGGAUGAAAAUGUCUCAUCUAAGCAUAUCCCAGGGCUGGAAAUAUCACUUUGUUCCUUUCCCCUUGGAAUGUUGCUAGCCCUUAUCAUAUGAAACCACGUGGCUCAAAUAUAAAUUGAAUAAAGUAUUCUAGCCUUCGCAUAUCUCGGUCGGCAUCUGUUUUGUCAAAUUGACAGUUGCACACAUAUCGCAGUCAUCUUUAUUAAUGGGUAAGUUGCUGCACCUGUUUCUAGUUUGUGCUGUAAAACUAGGCUUGUAUUAGAAGCAGUGUUGGAGAAUAUCACACAUGUUUUGAGCCAUUCACAUGGACCUGUGGAAAUGGAAUAAAAGGAAUUCCCCAUGUUACGCA